UCCGCCAUAUUGGAUCCUCGUGUGGUGAAAGUUGUCAUAGAAAUGUGUGAUUUUAUAAAAUUACUUUAUUUGUGUAAAAUAGACUAAGAACAAUUGUAAUUAUGGCAAAUAAUAAUAAUGAAGGUGCCGAAAACAGUCCAGACAACUCGAAAGAUGCAGGAUUGGAUAAGUCAUUCGUGGGCAAGUUUGUGUCGGGGCUUUUCAACAGCACGCCCUUGUCCAAAUGGUUUGGGAAAGACUCCACGUCUAAGUCGAUCAAGAGGCGGGAGGACGAUGACGACGAGGACUUUGAUGCCUCCUACGUUUUCCAACCACCAAGCAAACGUGUGAAACUACCGACAGAAGUAGAACACAACAAUUACAGUGCACAUAUAUUCGAAUCACCAGUGACUGUGCAUAAAGCUUCCAAUAAUGUUAACAAUGUUUCAUCUAAAGUGUUUGGGAAGUUCCCUGAACCGGUGGCGGGACCGUCGGGGGUUAAAUCUCGUAAAUUGUUCGACAAACAUCGUUCUUCUAGCACAAAUACACUCUCUACCAAUUCGAUGGAAAAUCAAGAAAUUGUUAAUGGUGAAAAUGACUCUGACAGUGAAGAAUCAACUAGUGGCUAUUCUUCAGCACCUAAAUUGCUUAAUCAACCCAAAAGUGCAGAAGUGUCUCACAACAAGGAACUUUGUGAGAAAGUCACACCAAAAACUAGGUCCUUGUUUACUUCAUCAAACGAAUCAAGCGGACGUACUUUAUUCCCGGAAAGAAGCCCCAACAUGAACACUUCUUUGAGUUCAAGACGGCCGACGUUUAACGCAUCGACCUUUGGUUCACCGAAUUUCGUUGAUAGAACAUUGUCGACCAAAAGAAUAUUGAGCUCACCUUUCUAUAGUGGCAAUACAAUUUACGGUGGCGCCUCAGCAUACGGACGUAGGUUAGGUAAAAUUAGUGAAGAAACGAACCCUAGGGUUUCUGUACAAAUAAAACCCGUAAACGAAAAACCUCCAAGCGAAAAUGCUACCUUAAGUAAAACGGCACGAAGAAUUUUGAGCACUUUAGAACAAUACAGCACUCCGAUAAGCGAUGCUAAAAAAAUACCAGUUACGCCGAGAAGAGCAGGAUUGCUGUCAUCUUAUGUAGGGGCAACUCCUUAUCUAGUUAGAGACCGGAAACGACCAUCGAAUAAGGAGCUUCAAGUACCGUCCGUUCCUGAUUUAUUGCAAAUGAAACAAAAGGAGAGACUACAAAAUAGUACAGAGACUGUUAGACAAAUUGCUACAAAGUCGAAGUCGUCGCUAAAUAAGGAAGAGUACAAAAUCAGAACAGAAGAAGACAACAAACAGAAACAUAGCAAUAAAAUGAAGAGCAGUGUGGCGUCGGUCCGACAAAAAGCACAUACUAUAGAGCCAGUCAGUGAAGUAAAAUUGCCGAAAGUCUCACUUCCUAUAAGCACCUUACCUAAAUUUGAUUUCGUAUUAAUGCCACCGAGUAAGUCAAACGAAACAAGUGAGAAUCAAAACGAGACUAAAACUCCAAAAUCUCCGGUUAGUACUAUAAUUAAACCCACGGUAAUUAUAGAUAAAAAAGAGACUGAUAAGAAAAUCGUGGAAAAUGGAAAGUCCAGUUUCACAUUUUCCGAACCGUUAGUGAUUUCAAAAGACUUAAAGUCUGUAACUGCGAUCAAUUGUUUCAAAUUCAGCGAACCGGUAUGUCAGAAACAAUCAACGCACACAGUACCCUUGAUGUUUAAAUCAGCCGAUAGUAAAAGCGAAAUUAAACCAAAAAACAACGGCGAAAAUGUCACAGGUAUCGCAAAACCGGCUAGUCAAUUAUUUACAGGAAGCGCAAUGGAUGUGCUGAAAAAAUCACCGUCACAAAGAUGGGAAUGUCCAACUUGUCUGGUUAGAAACGAGUUCGAUAAAGACAAAUGUUGUGCCUGUGAUGAGCCCAAACCUCAACCCGAAAAGAAAGAAAUGAAAGGAUUUGGUGAGCAAUUUAAAAUGUCAAGUGACAAGUGGGAAUGCAGUUCGUGUAUGGUGCGGAAUAACAAUUCGGAUAAAACCUGCGUGGCUUGUGCGUCGGCCAAACCCGGAGAAGAGAAACCGGUGGCCAAAUCCGGAUUUGGAGAUGCCUUCAAGCCUCCCGCAUCGACUUGGGAGUGCUCGGCUUGUCUAAUUAGAAAUAAAAAUGAAGUGGAAAAUUGUGCGGCGUGUGGCACAUCUAAGACACCCAAGCCAAGUGCAAGUAGUAGUUUUGGAGACAAGUUCAAGCCAUCGAGUGACACCUGGGAGUGCAGUACUUGCAUGAUCAGAAAUGAAAAUACGGUGGAUAAGUGUGCGGCUUGUGAGACGCCUAAACCAGGUGCCAAAGCUGCGACGAAUACUUCAAGUGUGAAACCCAUGACAGGUCCGAUAUUCUCUUUCGGUAUUAAACAAGAGUGGGAGUGCAAAACAUGUUUGAUUAAAAAUAAAAACGAACUGACACAGUGUGCAGCCUGUGAGAUGCCGAGAGAAAGUGAAACGGAGAAAAAAGGCUUUGGAGAUGCCUUCAAAAUGAAAGGAGGAGAAUGGGAAUGUACUUCCUGUCUUGUCAAAAAUAAACCUUCAGUCAAUGUUUGUGUCUGUUGCGGAGUUGCGAAAUCGGGAAGUUCCGGCGAUAAAUCCUCGGAUGUUGCAACGACCGAAGAAAAGAAACCUGUAAUUGGUUUUAAUUUUGGCAUAGAUAAAUCACAAUUUAAAUUUGGUAUACCGAGCACCAGUAGUGAACCAAAAGAAAGUACCACCAAUGCGACACCUACAUUUGCAUUCGGUGAUGCUGCUAAAUCGACAGCAGUAACAAGUAGUAGUUUUAGUUUCGGAAUAAAUACUCAGGAAAAAGUUACGCCAACAAACUCUGUUACCUCAAGUGAGAACGUAACCGUCGCCAGUAAUCCCUUACUUAAACCUAGCGAGAAAUUGCCGGAUAAAGCAACGCCUGCGCCGGUAGGUUUCAAAUUUGGCCUUGAUAAGACUCAGGAGUCUGUAGUGACGAGUAGUAGUGAUAGUAGUAAUAAAACAGAAACUCCGACUACUACGUCUUCUACUAGUACUUUCGGAACGAAACCAGCUCCCAUGUUUCAGUUUAAACCUCCGACUGUGAACGGAGACGUCAAGUUUGGUAGUGAUAUAAAUAAACCGGUGUUGAGUGCUGAUUCGAAUAAGCCUAACGAGAGUGCUACUUUUGGUACCGAAACUAAGAAUCAUGACUCACCUUUUGGAAGUAAGACGCAAAGUUCCUCAUUUGGUACUGUUAGUAAAUCUCAAGAAUCGCCUUUUGGUACCCCAAACAAAGCAACAGACUCACCCUUUGUCAGUAAUAAACCUGCAGAUUUACCGUUUGGAAGUGCUAGCAAACCAAACGACUCACCUUUCGGUAGCGCCAGCAAACCAAAAGAAUUACUUUUCGGCACCGCAAACAAACCUUCAAGUUCUCUAUUCGGUAACACCGAUCCCAACAAACCAAAAGAAUCAAUAUUUGGAAGUUCCACCGAAACGAAUAAACCUCAAACUGGAUUAUUCGGCACUGGGGGUACAAACAAACCUCAAGAAACCCUAUUUGGUGGCGACGCAAAUAAACCAAAAGAGGUUUUAUUCGGCACCAAACCCACUGAUAGCAGUAACAACAUAUUUGCAAGUCCAUCGGCAACGCCGACUUUCUCAUUUACACCAAAACCUCCAGAGAACGCUCCAAGUCUACCAUCAGCGGGUCCAACGCAGCCUCCAGCGGCCGGUAUUUUCAAAUUCGGUACCAGCGCUGCCGCCUCGCCACAAAAUCAACUUUCAGCUAAACGAGCUUUCGAAGAGCCUGUCGACAAUAACGUAACCAAUGGAUUUGGUUCGGUUCCGAAAAUUCCAGCAUUUGGAGCGUCGCAGAGUUUCGGUUCGACCGAAACCAAACCGUUUGCGUUCGGAAGUGCCGAAACUGCACCGAAAAACGAGGGUUUUUCAUUCGGUCAAGCCGACAAACCAAAUAUGACACCAGUUUUUAGUUUCGGAAGUGCGGCAGCUUCAAGUACGCCGAGUACAGGGUUUAGCUUCUCGGUGCCUAGUACUGGAUUUAAUUUUGGUGGUACGCCGAAAGUCGAAAGUCAGCCGUUCAACGCCGGUGGGAACGUCUUUGGGACGACAGGUACAGCGGCCAAGAACGGGAGUUUCAAUUUUGGACCGAAUGCUAACAAUAACAAUCAAAAAGCAGUGUUUAGUUUUGGAGCCAAUCAGACUAAUCCGCCACCAAGUCAGCCGAGUUUUCCGAGUCAGGGACAGAGUCAACAGGGAUUUAAUUUUGGAGGACCGUCGCAACCACUUAAUGUGCCCGGGGGUUUCAAUUUUACGGGCGCCCCACCUACAUUUAAUUUUACAGACGGAAGUGAUGGAAAUGCAGGAACGGCGCUGCCUCAACGAAAAUUCAGGAAAGCGAUUCGACGGACGACGCAGCGAUAGUUUCCUACAGUUUGUAUAUAGAGGAGUGACUGCAACGUGAAAUAAGAAAAUGGAGUUGUGCGAGUAUGUGUUAAGUUUGCUUAAAUUAUGUAAAGAAUAAAUGUGUGGAACAAUCACCUUGAUAUUAAAACAAUAUUUGUUUUCAGACCUAUAAAUGUUAGCUAGGCAUUAAUAAUAAAUGGGCCACCUGUGAAUAUUCGAGACCAGGCAUUCGUCUUUCGAACAUGUAAUAUAACGUUGAAAGUAUUUAGAAUUUAUUUACCAUAUCUGAAUGUCUGCAAGUUGCAAGUAAUGUUCACAGAUGCGUCAGUGUACAAAUGAGAUACUGUUGUACACGGCAUGUUACUCCCUACAUUGUAUACCAUAGCGUAGGCAUUUCAAAGGUCUGAUCCAUAGAAUGUAGAAUUUUAUAAUGAUGAUGAAGAGGAUUUUCAUCAAUAUUGUGUGAUGAUGAAAUAUUUGUGAAAUUUUUGAAUGAUUCGUACCAUAUAAUAUUUAUAUGAUAGCCAAUAAUGGCUACUUUUACUGUGAUAUUCUUAUGGGUCAGGCCCCAUACAUAAGUAUAAACAAUAUGCAUAUAAAUAUAAUAUCUAAACUAAUCAACACAGACAAAACGAGUUAUUCUUUUUAUUGCAAAAGUCCAUUAUAGAAGACUAGAAUAUUUUUCUCGGUGUAAUUUGGUUUGUGGUAAGAAUUUGGCAGCCAAGUUAUCUAUCAAGGAUUGCUGAGUAUCGAAGUAGUAAUUAUUGCAAUGCAAUAGUAUUUAUUUUUUGUUGCUAUUUUAGUUUUUGUCUGUGUUAUCUUAUCAAAAAGUAGGCUCACUCCUUAGUUCCUCCAAUUGAAAAAUAUGUAAAUAUUUGUUUAAAAGUGUGAUUUUUAACAACACAUCUAUUUUAUAUAAAUUAUAUUCUUAGAAUAUAUUUAAAUGAAUUAAUAAUAAUUUUUGUUGUCUAUGAAAUACUUGUGUUGUUUUACGUAAUGAGCUGUUAUUAUGCUCUUUUUUAUGUGAAAAGUAUUAAAAGGAGUUAGACUGCUUCGUGUAAAUAUUGUAAUUCUACAAGAAAUAAAACGUUUUGCUGAAAAUUUCAUUUUUAUUUCAGCUGUUGAUUCCUAUUCAUUUAACCAAGAGUUUGGGAUACUUUAUACGACCGGAUGGAAUUUUCAGCAUAUUUGUGCCUUUAUUUUUUUAAUGUAUAAUUUUUAGUUAUAUUUGUCAAGAACUUGGCCUAGUUUCGUUUAAAUUAUUUUCUUUUGGAUAGUUACAUGUUGUUUACGUUGAAUGUGAAGUUUAUAAUGGAAAACAACUGACAGGAUUAUUUUAUUUUCUUGUCCCAAAUCAUUCCUAUUACACUAGUAUCUUUUAUAAAUUAUAUUUACAAUAAUUUAUACUUAAUAAAGCCAAGUUUUGUUAAAUUUUGUUUUAGUUAAUAAAAUUACAUUAGUUAUAAAACCA